AUCAGGCAUUUUGAGAGAGAGGGAGAGAGAGGGUUUAGGGUUUACUUACCCUGCAUUAUUCUAGAGAGAGAGGUAUCACAGUGAGCGAGGUUAAAGCUCACAGGGGAGGUACUCGCUGAUAAGUAUAAAAAAUUCAACCAAGAAAUAGUGCAUGAGAUUCUGGAACAAUGGCUACCAAUAUAUUGAGGAAAGCUUCUAAAUGCUGCUUUAGCAGUGGUUAUCGCCUUUUCCAUAGCUACUCGAGGUCACCCAAAUCAUCUUCGUGCUUUUCCCCUUUCCAGUUGCAUGGAGGUUCACCCAUCGCUUAUCUCCCCAAGGCCACAAAAUUACCUUUGGUUAACCCCCUUGGUUGUGCAAAUCAUACCUUAAUGUGGUCCUUUAGAUACCUGGCUACCAGUAGUUCUCCCCCCCAAGAUCCUGUUAAUGAGAAGCCCGAAGUUCCUGUUAAAGAGAAACCCAUGGAUGAUGGUUCCACGGAAGGGGAGAAGGCCAAAGGUUCAGAUGACACUGGUGCAACAGGGAAGCCUGUUCGAGGAGGGCCUGUCUCAUGGUUAAGCUUCGUCUUGUUGGUCUUGACUGGAGCAGGGCUGAUAUUCUAUUAUGACAAAGAGAAGAAACGGCAUAUUGAAGAAAUAAAAACCUCCACUGCAGCAGUGAAACAAGGGCCAUCUGUGGGGAAAGCUGCUAUUGGCGGCCCAUUUAAUCUUGUCAAUCAGGAUGGGAAACCUGUAACAGAUAAAGAUUUUCAUGGGAAAUGGACAUUAAUAUAUUUUGGCUUCACUCACUGUCCUGAUAUUUGUCCAGAUGAGCUACAGAAGAUGGUCUUAGCAAUUGACAAAAUCAAGCAGAAGGCAGGUAUUGAUAUUAUACCUGUUUUUAUAUCAGUCGAUCCCGAGAGAGAUACUGUUGAGCAGGUUCGCGAAUAUGUUAAAGAAUUUCAUCCGGACUUAGUUGGAUUAACUGGGAACACCGAUGACAUACGCCAAGUCGCUCGUUCAUAUCGAGUUUAUUACAUGAAGACAGAAGAGGAAGGGUCUGACUACCUUGUGGAUCACUCUAUUGUUAUGUACCUAAUGGAUCAAGAAAUGGAAUUUGUGAAAUUCUUUGGGAAAAACUAUGAUGCAGACUCACUCUCUGAAGGCAUCAUCAAGGAGGUAAAACAGUACAAGAAGUGACCACAACACUUGACACAAGCAACAUUUCUUUGCCAUGUGCUUUCAUUCUUUUGACUUGGAUUUCUCAUUUAUCAUUGCAUCUUGUAUGUUUUCUUAAUGUCACAUCUUGGAGAUGGAAAAUACUAUUGCAAGUAAUGCGCACCAGAUAGAUUUUGGGAUGUUCCUACUGGUGAAUCUUGGACAAAAUAAAUUGAGAUGGAAUUUUUGGAGUCUCAUGAAAAGUUCAUAGAUUUAAAAGAUAUGUUUGUUACAGUUGGGCCAGCCAUUAUGAGUUUGUAUCAACUAUGAUGUAUAAUUAGCAUGCGUGUUAUUUAUUAUCUUUUGGCCA